CGAAGGCGCCGAGACGAUCGCGUACGGAGAGCUGUGGAGCAAGAAGUCUUCUCGUCGCGGUGUGGCUGCCGGUCGCCUCCCUUCGCAGCGCAGCGGUUUGUCAAGCGCAUGUUUGCGCGCUGGUAUAAAGCGCAAUGGGCGGGCUCUGGGACUGGCAGGACAAGGCCGGGCAGCCCUCCCAUUCUCCCGUUUCCCUUUUUUUGUUCGUUCCCUUUUCUUCCUGCCAGAACCCGCUCUAGACGAUGGCCGGGGCAUCUUCCAUCACAGCGAGCUCUGGCAGCUCCCCUGCUGCCGUGCAGCCUUCUGGCACUCGUUCCGGCAAUGUGGGCGCGCGUGUGCGCGACACGACCAAGAAAGUGGUCAAGCAUCUUGUCAAGCACACCGGCACGGGCAUUGUUUGCGCUGUGGCGUAUUUUGACCCAGGAAACUGGGGUGUCGAUUUGCAGGCUGGGUCUGAGUUUGGGUACAAGCUCUUGUUCGUCGUUCUACUGGCGGGCUUGAUUGCUGUCUUCAUGCAGUGUCUGGCUUCGCGCCUCGGAGUCGUGACUGGACUCGACCUGGCAGCCCACUGCCGCCUCCUCUUGCACAGCCGACCAAACCACACUCGUUUUUGGCGGUGGGCUGUUCUCUAUCCGCUCUACGCUCUUUCGGAAAUCGCCAUCAUCGCUACCGACCUCGCCGAGCUCCUGGGUUCUGCUAUCGCGCUCAAUCUUAUGUACCCCUCUCUGCCGCUAUAUGCAGGCGUUGUUCUCACCGCGCUAGACGUGCUUUUUUUGCUUGCCAUGAAGGACCCGCUUUCAGGGUCGCCGGUGAAGCCUUUUGAAAUUAUCAUUGCCAUUAUGGUCUUCACCGUGCUCAUUUGUAUGGGAGUUAUUGUCUCAAAGGCCAGCGUACACUGGGGAGAUGCAUUCGAUGGCUUCGUCCCGUCGAGUGCCCUGGUUAGCCCGGGUGGUCUCUACACCGCUAUCGGCAUUCUCGGUGCAACCGUGAUGCCACAUAGCCUCUUCCUCGGCUCCGCUCUCGCCACGCAGGAGCGCGAGCCAGAAGAGGAGGAACUGAACGAGAAGUGGGAGAGCAGUUCGACGCUCGCCUCCACGGUCGCCGAUAAGGCCCGCUCGUUCGUCGCGAACGUCAAGGCGGGGUUCUCGCGCGAGAGCCUUGUGCGCGGCACGAAGGAGGCAUUCCGCAUGGGCCGCGUCGAGGAGGAGGACCACCCCAUUAGGAGCCACGCCGAGCACGAGAACCACUCGCUUGGCUUUGUGCGCAGGCAUCUGACCCACGGCGUUGUGGAUAUGGUUGUUAGCUUGUUGGGGUUGGCGCUCGUGGUUAAUGCUCUGAUCGUCAUCCUGGCCAGCGCUGUCUUCUUUUAUGGCCCCAAUGGAGGACCGAGCAAUGGACCUGCCACUUUGUUUGAUGCCUACGACCUGCUAGUUGGCAGACUGGGCAAAGCCGCCGCGGGCUUGUUUGCGCUCGCGCUGCUUGCCGCUGGGCAGAGCUCGUCUAUUGUUGCUACGCUCGCUGGUCAGGUCAUCUCCGAGGGCUUCAUCAGGUGGAAAGUCUCCCCCGUACUCCGUCGUCUGCUCACUCGUUGCUUGGGUCUGAUCCCCUCCGUCAUCGUCGCGGCAGCGCUCGGGCGCGCCGGCGUCAGCACACUCCUCGUCAUCUCGCAGGUUGUGCUCUCCAUCGUGCUCCCGUUCAUCAUCUUCCCCCUGCUCUGGCUCUGUUCCUCCAAGGACGUGAUGAGCGUCAAGCGCACGAUCACGAGCACGAAGCACUUCAAGAACGCCUCGCAGUCGAGCUCGUCGACGGCGUCGAGCGUGCCGGGGAUGUGGACUCACAUCGACGUGAACAACCCGACGCGGUCGAUCGAUGAGGUGGACUCGCAGGCGGCGGAGGAGGACGCGCGCGGGAGUGGAAACGCGCUGAGGACCGUGGACGUGGAGGCGGCGGAGGAGAAGGUGGACUUCUCGAUGGGGAUCGUCGCGAAGGUGUUUGGGUGGUCGAUGUGGCUGCUGAUCGUGCUCGCGAACGGGUAUGCGAUCGUCACUCUCGCGCUGGGCGAGAACUGAGUACGGAGCCUCCGGGACGGCGCUCCCGGGGUGCUUUCGCAAAAGAUAAUGCUGUGUUCGCUUUCGCGCGUGGAGGUUCUGUGCGCGGACGUUGUUUUCCGGCGGACAUUCGCUUCUAUCUGUGCCCUAGAGGCUCGUGUAUCACUUUAGUCGCUCCUCGGACACUUUCGCGAGCUGUAUUUGUACUGCCCAUCGCCCUUCGCUAUCGACGUUCUCUUCAGUGGG